GCACUAGUUUUAUUACAAACCCAUAGCAACAACGGAUUUUACUGAAUCAUUUCAUCCAUCAUACCCAGAAUGCACAGAGACUUUAAAUAGCGUGAUUUUAAACUAUGGCGAUACUUGCUUCAUUUUGAAAAUUUCCACGUUUCGUUUUUAAAAGAUCAUUUUCAUUCAGAGAAAACCUUAUGUUGAAAGUAACGCAUUUCUGAUGCUGUAUCCUGCCUACUAAAACAAGACUGGAGAAUGGCUGGGUCGACCGUCAUGGCAGCGUCUGAAUUGUACACAAAGUAUGCCCGGGUGUGGAUCCCAGAUGUAGAGGAGGUGUGGAAAUCAGCAGAGCUUACCAAGGACUACAAACAGGGGGACAGCUUGAUUCACCUGCAGCUGGACGAUGGCAAGAAAGUUGACCACAAAUUAGAUCCCACAACCAAGAACCUGCCUCCCCUGCGGAACCCUGACAUCCUGGUGGGAGAGAAUGACCUCACGGCUCUCAGUUACCUCCACGAGCCUGCCGUCCUGCACAACCUCAGAGUUCGCUUCAUUGACUCAAAGCUCAUCUACACCUACUGUGGCAUCGUUUUGGUGGCUAUAAACCCUUAUGAGAAUCUGCCCAUCUAUGGGAGUGACAUCAUCAAUGCCUACAGUGGACAGAACAUGGGGGACAUGGACCCCCAUAUAUUUGCAGUGGCUGAGGAGGCCUACAAGCAAAUGGCCAGAGAUGAGAGGAACCAGUCCAUCAUCGUGAGCGGGGAGUCUGGCGCUGGGAAGACCGUCUCGGCCAAGUACACCAUGCGCUACUUCGCCACGGUCAGCGGUUCCACCACCGAGGCCAACGUGGAGCAGAAAGUGCUGGCCUCCAACCCUAUCAUGGAGGCUAUUGGAAAUGCUAAAACCACCCGGAAUGACAACAGCAGUCGAUUUGGGAAGUACAUCGAGAUCGGUUUUGACAAGCGGUACCACAUCAUUGGGGCCAACAUGAGGACCUACCUCCUGGAGAAAUCAAGAGUGGUCUUUCAGGCAGAUGAGGAGAGGAACUACCAUAUCUUCUACCAGCUGUGUGCCUCAUCCCAUUUACCUGAAUUUCGAGAUCUUAAGUUAGGUAAAGCAGAUGAUUUCCACUUCACUAACCAAAGUGGAAGCCCUGUCAUUGAUGGAUUAGAUGAUGCCCGUGAAUUGUCCACUGCAAGACAUGCUUUUUCUUUGUUAGGAAUUAAUGAAUCCCAUCAGACAGGUAUCUUCAAGAUAUUGGCUUCCAUCCUCCAUCUGGGCAAUGUAGUGGUGAAAGAUCGAGAUGCAGACAGCAGCACGAUAGAGCCUAAUAACAGAAACCUGACUGUGUUCUGUGAGCUCAUGGGCAUCACGUAUCAGGACAUGUCCCACUGGCUGUGCCACAAGAAGCUGAAGACCGCUACGGAGACCUACAUCAAGCCCGUCCCCAAACUUCAGGCCAUCAACAGCCGGGAUGCCCUUGCCAAGCACAUAUACGCCAAGCUCUUCAACUGGAUCGUCGCCCACGUGAACAAGGCCCUGCAGUCUGCGGUCAAGCAGAACUCCUUCAUUGGGGUUCUGGACAUUUAUGGGUUUGAAACAUUUGAUAUCAACAGCUUUGAACAAUUUUGUAUAAAUUACGCCAAUGAGAAACUCCAGCAGCAGUUCAACAUGCAUGUCUUCAAACUGGAGCAGGAGGAGUACAUGAAGGAGCAGAUCCCGUGGACCCUCAUCGACUUCUACGACAAUCAGCCCUGCAUCAACCUCAUCGAGGCCAAAAUGGGGGUGCUGGCCCUUCUGGACGAGGAGUGCAAGAUGCCCAAGGGAACUGACGACACAUGGGCUCAGAAGCUGUACAACACACACUUGAAGACGUGUGCGCUUUUUGAAAAGCCCCGCAUGUCCAAUAAAGCUUUCAUCAUCCGGCACUUUGCAGACAAGGUGGAGUAUAAGUGUGAGGGAUUCCUGGAGAAAAAUAAAGACACUGUCAACGAAGAACAGAUCAAUGUGCUAAAGGCUAGCAAGUUUAAUCUCCUGGUGGAGCUGUUCCAAGAUGAAGAGAACGCCACCUGCCCCACAGCAGCGCCCUCUGGAGGCCGUACCAAGCUGAGCGUCAAGCCAGAGCCGACCAAGUCUUCUAAAGAUCACAAGAAGACUGUGGGGCUACAGUUCCGUAACUCUCUGCAGCUGUUGAUGGAGACCCUCAACGCCACCACUCCCCACUAUGUGCGUUGCAUCAAGCCAAAUGACCUCAAAUUUCCUUUCACGUUUGACCCCAAAAGGGCUGUGCAGCAGCUCAGAGCGUGUGGUGUUCUGGAGACCAUUCGGAUAUCAGCUGCUGGCUUCCCAUCCAGGUGGACCUAUCAGGAGUUCUUCAGUCGGUACCGGGUUUUGAUGAAGCAGAAGGAUGUGCAGACUGACAGGAAGCUGACCUGCAGGAAUGUCCUGGAGAAACUAAUAGAGGAUAAAGACAAGUACCAGUUUGGGAAGACGAAGAUCUUCUUCCGUGCCGGCCAGGUGGCCUACCUGGAGAAGCUGCGAGCUGACAAGCUGCGGGCUGCCUGCAUCCGCAUCCAGAAGACCAUCCGCUGCUGGCUGGAGCGCAAGAAGUACCUGCGCAUGAGGGACGCUGCUAUCACCAUACAGAGACGCGUGCGGGGGUACCAGGCACGAUGCCUCGCCAAGUUCCUUCGCAGGACGAACGCGUCCAUCGUCAUUCAGAAGUACCAGCGCAUGUACGUGGCGAGGGAGCGCUACAAGCGCCUACAGACCGCUGCACUCAACAUCCAAUGCAUCCUGCGGGCCUACCAGGCCAGGCAGCUGUACCAGAGGCUUCUACGGGAGAACAAGGCGGUCAUCAUCCAGAAGUGGGUGAGGGGUUGGCUCGCCAGGCAGUGGUACAAGAGGUCGCUGGCCGCCAUCGUCUACCUGCAGUGCUGCAUCCGCCGCAUGCGGGCCAGGCGCGAGCUGAAGAAGCUGAAGAUCGAGGCGCGCUCCGUGGAGCACUUCAAGAAGCUCAACAUCGGCAUGGAGAACAAGAUCAUGCAGCUGCAGCGCAAGAUCGACGAGCAGAACAAAGAGAACAAGGUCGUGAGCGAACGACUGAGCGUGCUGGAGAGCUCUUACACUGCCGAGAGCGAGAAGCUGCGCGGCGAGCUAGCCCGCCUCCGAGGCGUGGAGGAGGAGGCGCGGAGCAAUGCCAAGCAAAUCACCUCCCUGCUGGCGGAGCUGGCGCUACUCCACAAGGAGCUGAAGACCACCCAGAGCGAGAAGAAGGUGAUCGAAGACCAGGCGAAGACUUACCGCGAGAAAAUGGAGCAGAUGGUGGCUGAGCUGAAGGACCAGAACAGCCUGCUGAAGAGUGAGAAGGAUGAUCUGAACCGGCUGAUCAAGGAGCAGAGCCAGCAGAUGACUGAGAAAAUGGAGAAAGCCCUGAAGGAAGAGACAAGGCAGUUGGAGAACGAUCUGAACGAGGAGCGCUCGCGCUACCAGAACCUUCUGGGCGAGCACUUGCGACUGGAGGAGCGCUACGACGACCUGAAGGAGGAGGUGAACCUCACGUUGAACGUCCCCAAGCCGGGUCACAGGAGGACCGACUCCACCCACAGCAGCAAUGAAUCAGAAUACACCUACACCUCUGAGUUGGCAGAGUCUGAGGAAGGCUCCCAUGGAGGAGAGGAUGUCAGCAAGGCCUCCUUGGAUGUGUCCCUCUUCCUCAAGCUGCAGAAAAGGGUGACCGAGCUGGAGCACGAGAAGCAGUCUCUGGUGAAGGAGCUGGAUCUGAGAGAGGAACAGUUUCAGCAGGCUAGGGCCAGGGAUGAUGAGGAUUACAAGAAAGCGCGAGGAGCAGAGCUGGAGUACGAGUCUCUCAAGCGGCAGGAGCUGGAGUCUGAGAACAAGAAGCUGAAGCGCAAUCUGAACGAGAUGCGGGAGGCCAUGGCAGGGAAAGCUGGAGCUGGGCCCGGAGCCGGGGGCACCUCGCCCUACAGGGUGCUCCUGGAGCAGCUCAACGCCUCCAACGAGGAGCUAGAGGUUCGAAAGGAGGAAGUGUUGAUCCUCCGUUCCCAGCUAGUCAGCCAAAAGGAGGCCAUGCAGCACAAGGAUGAGAAGGAGACCAUGACGGAUACCGUGUCGUACGUGGAGGACAUCCGGAAGAUGAACGCGGGCGAAAUGGCUCAGGCUUACACGGGGCUCAAAGACACGAGCAGAUCCCCCACUCCAGACUACCAUCAGCUGAAUGAGGAUGGAGAGCUUUGGCUGGCUUAUGAAGGGUUAAAGGAGACCAACAGGCUCUUGGAGUCCCAGCUGCAGAUGCAGAAGAGGUCCCAUGACGGCCAGAUGGAGGUGGUCCGCAAGGAGCUGCAGAGCCUGAAGGAGGAGAACACUCGCCAGCAGCAGCUCCUGACCCAGAACCUGCAGCUGCCCCCGGAGGCACGCAUCGAGGCCAGCCUGCAGCACGAGAUCACCCGCCUCACCAACGAGAACCUGGAACUCCUGGGCCAGCUUGAGAAGCAGGAAAAGAUGAUCCGUAAAUUAAAGAAACAGCUCAAGGUCUUCUCCAAAAAGAUUGAAGAACGGGAAGUGGGUCAGAUGGACAGCAUUUCUCCUGGACAGAUAAUGGAGGAGCCCAUCCUCACAGUGAACAUCCCCCGCCGGGAGAAGGACUUCCAGGGCAUGCUGGAAUACAAGAUGGACGACGAGCCCAAACUGGUGAAGAACCUCAUUCUAGAGCUGAAGCCUCGGGGUGUGGCGGUCAACUUUAUCCCAGGCCUGCCGGCCUACAUCCUCUUCAUGUGUCUGCGCCAUGCCGACUAUCUCAACGAUGACCAGAAGGUGCGCUCGCUGCUCACAUCCACCAUCAACAGCAUCAAGAAGAUCCUGAAGAAAAGAGGGGAAGACUUUGAAGUGGUCUCUUUUUGGCUGUCCAACACGUGUCGCCUCCUGCACUGUCUGAAGCAGUACAGCGGAGAGGAGUCAUUCAUGAAGUACAACACUCCCAGGCAGAACGAGCACUGCCUGUCUAACUUCGACCUGGCCGAGUACCAGCAGGUUCUCAGCGACCUGGCCAUUCAGAUUUACCAGCAGCUCAUCAGAUGCAUGGAGAGCCUUUUGCAGCCAAUGAUAGUCUCUGGAAUGCUGGAGCAUGAAACGAUUCAGGGCGUGUCGGGGGUGAAGCCCACGGGCCUUCGCAAGAGGACCUCCAGCAUCGCGGACGAGGGCACCUACACCCUGGAGUCCAUCCUCCGCCAGCUCUCCACCUUCCACUCCAUCAUGUGCCAGCACGGCAUCGACCCGGACCUCAUCAAGCAGGUGGUCAAGCAGCAGUUCUACAUCAUCGGCGCCGUCACCCUCAACAACCUGCUGCUGCGCAAGGACAUGUGCUCCUGGAGCAAAGGCAUGCAGAUCAGGUACAAUGUGAGCCAGCUGGAAGAGUGGCUCAGGGACAAGAGCCUGAUGAACUGCGGGGCCAAGGACACGCUGGAGCCCCUCAUCCAAGCUGCGCAGCUGCUGCAGGUGAAGAAGAAGACUGACGAGGACGCAGACGCCAUCUGCAGCAUGUGCAGCGCCCUCACCACUGCGCAGAUUGUCAGAGUGCUGAACUUGUACACCCCUGUGAAUGAAUUCGAGGAAAGGGUUACAAUAACAUUCAUUGAAACGAUUCAGAACCGUUUGCCAGACAGAAAGCAAUCACCUCAGCUCCUAAUGAACACCAGAGUCAUCUACCCUGUCACAUUCCCCUUCAACCCCUCCUCUCUAGUCCUUGACACCAUCCACAUUCCUAACAGUCUAAACCUGUCCUUCCUAGCACGCGUGUAGAGGCAGUCUGAACCUGGCCUUCCUCACGUGUGUAGAAGCAGUCUGAAUGCAGCCUUCCUCACACACAUGUAGAAGCCCGGUCUUCUUCACAUGCGUGUAGUCUAUAUCUUCUGAUCCCGGCCUUUCUCACAUGUAUGUAGUGGAUGCCUGAACCCAGCCUUCCUCCCAUGCAGGUGGAGAGUGUGAACCUGGCCUAACUUGUGUGUAUGUGUGUGUGUGUGUGUGUGUGUGUGGAGGUCCUGGACUCUUAAAGAAACCUAAGUCUGGAUAUCUUGUACAGGGAUAAAUAGUUUGUGACUGCUGAGUAAUUAAAUAUGUACCCUGUGGUAACAGUUUGAACACUUUGAAGUACCCUUAACAGGGGCUGCUGGGUGGUUCACCCUGUUAAGGCACAUUUUUUAGUGCAUGGAUGGUCCCUACAGUCUAAUAACGAAUCGGAAACUUGCCAGUGCCAACUGUGACCCAGCAGCCCCAAAGGGCAAUGCACAAUAUUUCUAGCCUCACCCAAGGUUUCAUUUGGCCAGAAUGACAGCAUUUCGUUGCACAGCAGCAACCCCUGCUGAUUGAUGGGGUACCCGCCUGUCUGCCUCUUCAGCUGCAGGUGAAUGGUCUUCCACCAUCUCAUGUCUGUGUGGCAGACUCGCGAACUGCAGAAUAAUGAGAAGCAGCAGCUGACAUAACAUUCCUCUCCUGAAUAAGUAGGAAAGGUUGCGGCAAUGAGCGCUGAUAAAAAUACGAUUGGGCAUUCCAAACUGAGGAGAAAAAGGAGUACUCAAAGCAAGCUGGAAGUUGCUUGGGUUUUAUUACUUGAUAUUAACAGUAUAAAUAUGUGCACUGGUGAUCUCAGUCUGGGAUUCUGAUUGGUACAUGGUGGUACACUGAAAAAAUGUGUGAUGAGAAAUGCAUUUUGAUGUAUUACAUUUGUAAACAUUGCUGAACUUGUCUGUUCUGGUUAAUGCAUCAUAAUGGCCAAUGCCUAUACCAUAGUACAUAAUCCAAUAUUUUGGAUGUGUAUGUUUUUCUUUACUAUAUAUUCUAUAUGUAGUACAGAAAUCAUGGAUAGGUGUUUCUUGUGUAUUAAAUCAUUUCAGAUUGAAAAGGAAUACUGUCUGCAUAUAUUUAUUAUACAUGUAUACCAGAUAAACAUGAGUAUAAAAAUGAUUAGUCAGUUAUUUAAGGUAGAUGUUUACUUUUCUGUACAUACAUUGUGAUUUUUUUUAUUAUUGAGUACACUCAAAUUAUAGCCGUCUUGUGUAACUAGCAUAUCCACAAAUGUUGUACUCCAGCAUUACGUUUUUCCGGUUUAAGGUAAAUAACAAUGUUGUUUGUAAAUCAGAGUUUGAUAAUGAGAGGAUUCAUUGUUACUAAUGAAACCAACUGGUCAAAUAAUUAGUGAGUCAUGGUAGAGGCCCAAAUCUUUAGCCCCAUAUUUUUUAAAGCCUUUUUAAGUGGUUGAUUGCCAUAUUAAUGAAAACCAGCACACCUGCAAAGGUGUGUGUGUGUGUGUGUGUAUGUGCGUGUGUGUGUAUGUGUGUACCUUGAGUUAGAGAUAUUAUUAGUCCAAUUAAUGUUCUGUGAGUGUUGCCCAAAAUAAAUGCCUUACACUGACUGUGGGAGGAGUCCCCUCAGACAUAAUCAUUCUGGGAACAGCUAAUGAGCUCCCUUUUAGUUGUUCUACCAUGGGAUUGAACAUCUUUCCAGCACAAACUUACGCUCUGUUCAGUGUAUGACAGGGUGCUGUCUCGAUCAGGAGACCUAAAAAUGUUUUUGAACCCAACACCUGCAGUCACUUUGAAAGCAUUUUUGAAGCAUAUCAUCAAGCAAGUAGGAUGAAAGUCAUACCUUUUACAGAUUCGUUGGCAACAAACUAGAUGUAAGCACUACUGUGUGCACUGUCCUUUUAACUGCUUAAAGCUUUAUUCCCAGAAAUCGUAAAAGCUAAAUGGACCAUUUGCCUACAUUCUCCUUCAUUUUCUGAAGGUUGAAAAUGUCGCUGCAUUGUCUGUUGCUGGGGUCAUAUUUGUGCACACUGGAUAGAAUAAAAUACAUAUUUCAAAUCAAUCUGCAUGCUAUUAGUUUUACAGGUUAUACAGAGAUUUGUGGAAUGUGACACUGGAUCUCAAAGCUCUUAACUUUAAGAGCAAGCCUGUAAUCAGAUAUGGUAGCUGUUAUCUUGAGACACUAUAGACUUACAUGUUCUUCAUCAUCCCUUGCCUUACACAUUGUUUUGUUUUAGUGAAAAUAAAUUGUCCAUUCUUAAGGAAAUUACCAAACUGUAGGCAUACUGUUUCCUCCCAUUUCUUGUGCCGUCAGUUCUUGAGUGAUAUCUUUUUCCUCACAAAUGUUAAAAAUCUGACUUUAACACCAAUUCACUUGUGUUCUGAUAGAAAAUAAUAAUGACUAUUUUGCCAUAAUAUGACAACUCACAAUAAUGGCACGAUAAAUGAAUGUCGUUCAUAAUUUUAUGACACUUGUGACAUUAAACAGGAUUAAAUACAAUAAUGUUAAGGCGUUCUCAUCAAACCGAAUUUUACCACACUGGCUAAUAAUAAUAAACCCUGGAAGCCAUUUAUAUUUGAUUUACUCAUGCUGCGCAUGCUGCAGUGCGUAGUCAGAAAUACAUUUUUUGGAAGGCCAGUGAAAAAUUGGGUAGACUGACUAGGUUGUUUAUUCAUUUCAGAGAAGGGGAAGAGAUGUCUGUUGCGUAGUUGUGUAGUUUUAAACAGUAGCCUUGUUAAUCUGAAGAUAAUAUUCAAUAAAAUAUAUAUAUUUUUUUUUUAAAUCGACUGAACUUAUAGACUGAAGUUUUAAUUGGCUAUAAUACAAAGAUGACAAGCAGAGAAAACGAAUAAAAUGCAUUAUCUUAAAAAAGCUAUAUAGACCAUGACAUCUCAUUUUCAACUUUUCAUUAAAAUUAAGUGCUUUCUCUUUGAAUCUUGCAAUACUACCACGGCUGUGUAAAUAUGAUCAAUACAUAACACAAAUGCCAGAUACCCAAAAUGAUUCGCUGAAAGAAACAGGGGUAAUUAUUUUGUUGUGGUUCAAGUCCAUAAUCCUGCAUUAACGCAGCUUCUGUUCCAUAUUCACAGGGCUCAGAAUCUUAAUGGGAACGAGUAGGCUAUAAUAUAACAAAUUCGUGUUCACUCUACCGCAUUGGUUGAUUUUUCAAAACUAUUACAUUCAUUUGCAUCACACACUUAAGACAUCUGAGAAAUGGAGUAUUAGGAGACGGGUAUUCUUUAUUUAUUGAUUGAUUUAUUUUAAUCUGCAAACCGCAGCUUUAUACCAGCACCAUUGUGCAUUUUACAAAAUGGCCUCCUUUCCCCUUUGGUUCUUUCAACCUAUGGUAAUUUCUAGCAGAUGUGCACUUGGCUUUACUUAAAGCCUUUUGCACAAAGACAAUUAGCGGUUUUAAGGUGGACCUGACAAUUCUAGCAAAUUCAUAACUACUUGAAAACUGGAAAGAUGCGUUUCCUUACCGAGGAAUAUUUUCAACCAUUUAAAAAAAAAAGUUUAUUGUGAAGAUAAAACCUUUUUCUUCACAAAGCUUCUGCCAUUAUAUUAUGCGAGUGGAGGGCACAGGUGUCAAACCUCACUCCUGGAGGGCUGCACCGUCUGCUGGUUUUUGGGGUGUUCACGGCACAUGUUUUAAGUCAUUCAUUUGCUAAGGAAUCGACACACUUUGUUCUCAAGGCCUUAACUGGCAGCUGAUUGAAAGGAAAACACAAAGACCCAGACACUGUGGCCCUCUUGGCAUUCAGUUUGACACCCCUAGUGUAGCGUGAAUGCAAAUGAAAUAUGGAUUAUACUGGAAAAUAAUGCACUACUGAAAGUCAUUUUGAAUGUUUUGUUUCCUGUAUUUCAUGUACUGUAUCUUGAGAUUUUUAUUAUUAACAUUUUUUUUUAAAAGCCUUACCUGAUUAUAGAACAUAUAGCACACAAUCUGUGAUAUUCAUUUUUUCCUUUCUGUUGUGUUUUCUUACAUUUGCAGUGUUUAUAAAAUAUUACAUAGUGUCUGUAAAUAAUUAUUAAUCCUUGAUCUGACAUAGAAUGAAUUGUCUUUGCCUUGUGAGAUGCCCUUCAUAUUACCUUAAACAGUGUAUUUUUAUUUUGGUGGGGAGUUUAAAUAAAUGCUGACAAAGGAAGGUUUUCUUUCAAAGUAUUGCAUAUUUAAUAUUUUUCAGCUAUUAGUAAUUAUUACUGUUUUGUUUUGUCCAUAUCACAGAAUUGAUUGUACCACAUUGAUUUAACAUACCCUUCAGACGCCAUCCACAGAGGUAUAAGUUCAUUAAUUUUUACAAUUUUGGUUAUUUAAAUACAUUAUUACAUUCCACAUGUUGAGUUUUGAACUUGAAAACCUUAUGUUCCGGUGGUUCCAAAACCUCUGCAUGAGCAUCAGAUGUGCUUGAGAUGGAACACAUUUGGGAACAGGUUUGGGAACCACUGUUCUUUUGGUUUUGUUACCAUUGCACAUCAAUUCAUUAUUGGAACAAGAUUUGUCCCUGACAUCUACAUGUGAUCAUCAUUGGUUUUUCAAUAUCAGUUUUAUAUCUUUACUUGAAUAUGCAAUUUCUUACUGUGCAAUUUCUUACCUGUAUUGCUGAGGUUCUUGACAGCUACUGUCACAUAUUGUUGAUUGACACCUGCCAAACCGUGGCACACAUCCUCUGUGGGAUGUACCUGUAGUGUAGGUGGUAAUAUUUAUCUUAGUCACUGCUAGAUAUGUAUAGAGUCUUGAAGAUAAUUAAAGAGUUUGCUUGUGAGAGCAAUUGUAUACCCACUUUCCUUUCCAUGAUUCAUGAUUCAGUGUCAUAAAUACAACGUGAUUCAGCUUGUUUUAAAGAUUGGCUUUGAAAUAUUCCCAACCUUUUUUCAGGAGGACAAGACCGAUUGAUUAUUUUAAUCCAAUAGUGUUUUAGGCCUUCAUAAGUUUAAAUCCCUAAACAAAAAAUAAUGAAAAUGUACAGUCCCUUAACACACUGUCCACCUCAACUGUUCAUCUGAAGAACUGGUGUUAAAAUGUGAAGAUCCCAAAUUUGUUGUUGUAAUUACUAUGUGUUCACCAUGGUAAAUCAUGUGAUGAAAGUACAAAACUUGUCAUAACUGUAUAGGCAAAUAAAAAAAUCCUAAAAGUA